AUGAUGCGCGGCACAUUCGUGGAUCAACUAUGGAAAGAAUGUGUCAUAAAUGAUUCCCCCGUACUUGAAUUAUGGGCAAAAUUUUUAUAUUAUUAUACAAAUGUCUUCAAAUUUAAAGAAGAAGUUGUAUCAGUUAGAGAAAUAUCACCAAUGUUUGAACAACAAGAUCAAUUAAACGAAAUACUAGUGAUAGAAGAUCCAUUCAUAUUACAGAAAAAUUAUCGGUCAAAAAUUCAAGAGAUAUUUUCAUGCGCGUUGAGAAAUGUUGAUCAAUUUCGUGUACCAGAAAAUUUAUCAAAACGUUGA